GUGACUCCUACCACGGCAACCAACAUUACCGAUCAGAGUCACUUGUCACCGGACCACCUGAGACGUGUGUCGUAUUUUUCGAAUUAAAUAUUCGCUUGUUUUAUCGUUAGAAAUAAUCUAUCGAACCAAUAUACGCAGCACGGCGUAAAUUCUGACGGUGAAAUAUACUGCUUCGACGAUUAGUCAUUCGUAGACUUAAAACAUGAGUACGAAACAUCUGAGUGUCGGAUCUAAAGUCCCACCCUUGGUCCCUGGCAAGCUACGAUUGUACAGCAUGCGAUUUUGCCCAUUUGCCCAGAGGGUUCAUCUCGUAUUAGAUGCUAAAAAAAUACCGUAUGACGUUGUCUAUGUUAAUUUGACACACAAGCCAGAAUGGCUGGCGGAAAAAAAUCCAUUCAGUAAAGUUCCACUGCUUGAAUUUGAAGAUGGGAAUAUUCUUUACGAAAGUCUGAUCAUAGUGGAUUACUUGGAUGAGGCUUAUCCGGAACACCGUCUGUAUCCGACUGAUCCCUUAUUGAAGGCUCAAGAGAAGUUACUUAUCGAAAGAUUUGGUGCGAUAAUAGUACUUAUGAACAAGGUUUACUAUACACCGACCAUGGAACGUGAGCAGUUUGUUGAGAUCUUGAACGGCCUUGAAAUCUUUGAUAGAGAACUUGUUAGGAGAGGAACUCCAUUCUUCGGUGGUAAACAACCUGGAAUGGUGGAUCUGAUGAUAUGGCCGUGGUGCGAGAGGGCAGAUUUGAUCAGGAUUCUGAGGGGAGAUCAGUUUGUCCUUCCUCGUGAAAGAAUUCUUAGACUGCUGGAAUGGAGAAGCGCGAUGAAAGAAGACGAGGCUGUGAAAGGUAGUUAUUUGGACGGAGAAACGCACGCCAAGUUCAUACGCAGUAGGCAAGCUGGUUCAGCCCAAUACGACUUCCUUAUUCCACAAUGAGUGCCUUUGCGAUGAUAUACUGCUGCUGAUAAUUAAAUAAUAUACUUAUGCAAUAUUUUAAUGAAACGUUCAUUGGUUAAAUAAUUGAUGUAUGUACAAAUGUUAUAUAUACUUUAUGGAUACAAAUAUUCAUUUUAUUACGAACUCUGUGAUCAUAUGGGCAAAGUUGAGCUUACGUUUUCUGUACGGAUCCAGAAUUGAUCAUUGUUCCGUUUUCCCCCCAUUAAAAUAAAUACGAACUUUUGUACAAUAUACUA